AAUCAAAAAUAUCUGUUGUUUUUCGAACACAGAAAUAAAACUUCUUGUGUGUAACUUGUUUUCGGAAACCUAUAGAGGCACUUCCGGACAUUCCAGGUGCAUAUCUGUAAAUCGUUGUCCUUUUCCGAGAUAUUCUUAUGUCCUUGACUAGCGGCUGAUUUUUCGUGACGGGUUACAAACCCUUUGAAUGAGUUCAAGAAAUCAGUAAUCGUACUCACUAUUGGUUCAUUAUCUAGCAAAUGCCAGAUAACUACCCAAGAGUGCCACGUGGGGGCUGUGCGGCAACUUGGAUUGACACGACAAGGAUCGCGCUGGCAUUUUUUAUGUUAGAUGCAAUCAGAUAUGUUUUCUUCUAUACUGGCUUGCAGGGGCUCGACUACCCUGAACUACUCGACUAGAAAAAUUAUAAAAGAAAAUUAUGUUUUACAAUUUCGAACUUCUUAUAUUAAAAAAAACAAUUUUUUUUUUUAGUCAGUUCAUUUCAGAAAUGAUGGGCGAAAUGUUUAUUUAUCACGAAAUGCCAGAACAACCAAAAGAAAAUUUUUUUAAAGGUUUAUUUGGAGGAGGAGCAAAAAGUUUAGACAGAGAGGAAUUAUUUGGUGAACAAAGCGGAAAAGCGAAUAGAUCGGUUGCUAAACAUAUACCGGGAAUUAAUGCGGAUCAGCUUGGUCAAAGAGCUUCUACAGCAGCUUCUGAAAUAAGUAGAGCCCAUCAGUUAGCUAUGGAGAGAGGCGAGAAAUUAAACAUGCUUGAAGAAAGAGCUGAACGAAUGGCUAAUCAAGCUCAAGAUUUUAGUGGAACAGCACACCAAUUAAUGCUUAAAUAUAAAGAUAAAAAGUGGUAUCAAUUGUAAAUUAUCCAUUUUGAAGAUAGCACUACCACAGUUAUUGUAAUAUUGCUUUUAUAACAAUUUCUACUAUAUUGAAAUACACUUAUUUAAUUUCUGUUUUCAACUUCGGAUGUUAUUUAUAAAA